AUGCUUCUCCCAUCCGCGCUGCCUUGCGAUGCAUCGCACUCAACCCACUCUCGACUGCAGCCUUCUCUUUUCUCGCCUCCUGCCAGCCCUCCGGCUUUCUCGUCGCACGCAUCUUUUGCCAACAUCAUGACCACAUGUCGCUCGCUCCAAUCACUACUAUCAACACCUGCGCCUAUUAUCACCAAUCCUCGCCCGACUCCCUCGCUCGCCCAAUUACCAACUCCACCGCUCGCCCAUGCGGCGCCUCCUCUGAAGUUGCGCCUCCGCCCACGCCCACAACGCCGCGAGCCAGUUGGCCCCAAGAAGGUCACCAAGCGUGCGGCACCGCGUGCUCUCAACAAGAGGCGCCGUGCUGCCGACGAGGAGGCGGAACGCUAUUCAUCAGCGAGCGAGUCUGGCAACGAGUCACCAUCGCGCCGCUCAACCAAGCAAGUCGCGCCCUCAACGCCAAAGCGCACGCGCAUUGCCCCUGAGCAGCUUCCUCUCGGCCUCGACCGUUCUGACUUCCACAAUAUGCAUCUUCGACAAGGCGGACAUCUUCUCGGAGAGGAAGACUCCUCCGAUGAAGAGGACUGGAGCGCCGAGGACGACCGUAUCCUCAUUGAAAUCGUGCUAGAGAAGCUGAGAUUGUCAAAGGCAGAAUGGCAAGACUGCGCCCGAAAUCUCGGCCGCGACCGUCAUGCUGUCGACCGUCGCUGGAAGACGCUGUUGCUCAAUGGUGACAUCGGUCUCAAGUCACGACCAGGACACUAG